CGUCGAGUGGUUAGGAGCGUCUGUGACGUAUUCUGUGCACUUCGUGGGCGGACCAUCUGUGGGUAAACUUUGAGAAAACUCCAUCAAAAAGUGCAAUACACCGCAGUGAGAACAACAGUGGAUAUUCUUCAGCAGUUUUCCCGUGAAAGUGCUGUGCUGGAUUAAGCGCGUUACCGUUUCUUGCGCGAGUGAAAUCCUGUUUUUUCGACAUGUGGACCCAGUAAACUGUUGCCGUUUUCACUCGUCAUGGAUUUUCUUCGAGUGGCGUUUUUGGUUGUCACUAUCUCUUCAGCAUUAGUGUUGUGCCACAGUCAAGACACGAGGGAGGGUGAGGAUGUCAACCUAGAGUGCAGGUUCCCGCCGCAUCUAGCCACCCAGCAGGCGACAUUCUACUGGCUGCGAACCAACAAGAGAGGACACGACAACGUUGCCAUCUCCUCCUCGGCGCUCGACCCCAACUACAGGGUGGACCUGAGGCCCGAGCAGGGUCGCUACGAUCUUCUCAUCUCCAACGCGUCCUUCGACCGCGACAACGGCCAGUUCGAGUGUCGCCUGAAGGUGGUUGGCAGCGGUAAGGACCUGCACUCUCAGUCCUUUACCGUGACAGUCCUCACCCCGCCCUCGCCCCCACAAGUGACACCGGGGCUCAGCCCUACAGCCAGCGAGGGCAAACCCUUCCAGCUCUCAUGCUCUAGUGCUGGGGGAAGUCCGGACCCUACCAUCAGAUGGUACCGGGAAGGACACCAUGAACCCCUGGAGGCAGUGAGGACCCCGACGGAACAGGGGGUGACGUCCAUCCUCACCCUGAACCCGUCCAAGGAGGAUGACGGAGCCGUGUUUCGCUGUACCGUCUGGAACAGAGCAAUGGCUCCCAACACUAAGCUGGAGGCCAUAGUCAACCUGAAUGUCAAUUAUUUCCCUAGAGUGAGUGUCGGUCCAGAAAACCCUCUAAGGGUGGAGAGAGACGGAACUGCGACGUUGGAAUGUAACGUAGACGCCAAGCCUAGAGUAGCCAAUGUGAGGUGGACUCGCAACAAUAGGUUCAUAGCGAUUGCGUUCUCGCACACGCUGCACCGUGUAGCUCUCCAGGACGCUGGCAAGUACACCUGUACAGCCGACAACGGACUGGGCAAGGCUGGGGAGGCUGAGAUAAUACUGGAUGUGCAGUAUCCACCACAGGUGACGAUAGAAGGAGGUCCCAGCCAAAGAGAGGCUGAGGAAGGCGAGAAUCUCAUGAUCAAGUGUAAUGUCUCGGCCAACCCAGCACCAGUGACAGUGGAGUGGACGAGAGAGGGGCGGCCGGACUUCCGACAGACAGGACAGAUACUCAAACUGCACAGGAUCAAUGCCGACUCUGCUGGCACAUACACAUGUCGAGCCCUCAACAUCCUCACGGUUGGUGGCAAGUCUGCGCAGAAGGUUGGUAACAACUCUGUCACUCUGUUGGUCCGACACAAGCCAGGACGUGCGCAGAUCACACCCGACAGACCUGUCGCCACAGAAGGAUCAGGUGUCACUCUGACCUGCUCAUCUUCUCCUCCGGGUUGGCCGGUGCCGCAGUACCGUUGGUGGAGAGACCAGGAAGACUCACCCCAGUCCACAGUCCUGGCCACGGGCCCUAAGUACAACAUACCAUCUGCCCAUCUGGCCAGCGAAGGCAAAUACCACUGCCAGGCCAUCAAUGACAUGGGGCACAGUGAGAUCGCCACUGUAGUCCUCACGGUGCAUCAACCUCCUCGCUUCCUGGCUAAACUGCAACCCCAUGUUACCAAGAGAAUCGGAGAUACAGAGUUUAGUGCCAUGUGUGGAGCUCAGGGGAAACCUAAACCAACAAUAAAAUGGUUUAAGGACGGACAAGAAGUUGCCCUCGAGAUGUACGAGAUCUCGACUGACGAAUCUGAAGGUCGUAACUCUGUAUACACCGUACAAAGCACUCUGAGGUUCACGGGGCGUAACCGUCCCAGCGGCAACGAGCUGAUGCCAGCAGACCGAGGUGUCUACUCCUGUGUGUUUGAGAACGAAGUGAAGCGAGCAGAGACCACCAUGCAUCUUAGGAUUGAACAUGAACCUAUCAUCGUAAACACUCCGCACAAGGUGGCAUAUGACCUGCGGGAGACGGCUGAGGUGAUGUGUCGGGUACAAGCGUAUCCGAGACCAGAGUUUUUCUGGUAUUUCGGUACUAACAGCCAGAGCCAGCUGACGUCUGGAGCCGACGGACAUUACGAGAUCAACACCACCGUCAACCAGAGCGGAGGAGACAUCUUCACUAGCGUUCUGCAGAUCUCCAACAUCCAGGGGUCUGACUAUGGCGACUACUCCUGCAAGGUCCACAACGCCAUUGGCAAAGUCACCACCACUAUCCGUCUACAGCCCAAGGGUCCCCCGGAGAAGCCUGAAGCUCUGGUCGCAACGGCCGUCGGUCACAACUACGUCACACUCAAGUAUACCCCUGGGUUUGACGGAGGCGUGCGUGACACCAAGUACUUUGUGUCAUACCGUCGUACCUCAGAGGCCGGAGACGAGGACUGUGUCGCCAUGCGUCGUACAGGAGCUCCGGACAGCUGGCACGAGGUCGACUGUCAGAGAAGUAAUCCAUGCAAUGUGACGAACCUAGAUCAGCACCAGCGGUAUAUCUUUAAGAUGAAGGCCUACAACCCCAAGGGCCACAGCAACUACUCCGAUGAGAUUAGUGAACUGACCAAGGUGGACCGUAUCCCAGCGCCUCAGCGAGUAGCCUACGACCCAGAGACUCACGCCCUGACACUCAACAUUGCCGCUACAUGCCUUCGACUGGUGGGAGUAAUUGAAGUUUCGACAAGUCACGUUCACGAGCCCGACUGGAACUCCCUCGAGGAUCCUCUAAUGCUGAUUCCGUCCGGAGCUCAGCCAACACGCCACGAGGCGACCAUCACAAGUCUACACCAUGUGGCACGCUCUAGCGGACGAUCACUGGACGACUCUCACAACAUGAUUGAAGAUGACAACGUUCUGCCCGUUGUGAAAGAAGAUGCAGUUAGGGUGAGGGUCAAACUUUGCUUGGAGAACAACCCUUCAAACUGUGGAGACUACGUUGAAGCUGAAAUUGGAGCCGCCUACAUCAAGGAGGCUGCCACCCUCACCACACCUACCCUAGUAGCCAUCAUCGUGUCUUGUGUUGUCUUCGUUCUUUUCAUCGGACUCAUGUUCGUCUACUGCCGCUGCCGCAAGGUUCCUGCCAAGAAGGGAAGUGGGAAGGACUACGAAAUGGAAACAACCACGGUCCACCCCAGUAUUGUGCAACAGCCUCCUCCCCCGUACUACCCUGCCUCUGGUAUGGAGAACAAAGCCUUGGACAUGGACCCCUCCAAGGCAGCCGUCUACGCCGGACAGAACGGAUACAGCUACCACGGAGCCAACCAGAACGGCGGAGAAUCCAGCAAAGGCUAUAGUCAAGGGGUUAACAUGGGUUACAUGGAGAACAGUUACUCAAACUCCAACAAUGGAGGAUCACAAGAUUCCCUGUGGCAAAUGAAGAUGGCGGCUGCCAACAACAACGCCAACGCCGGCAACAAUCCAGAACAUCAUCACCACCAUAUUGCCAACCACUACGGUGGUUAUGACCCCCUAACCCACGGAGGUUACGGUGCAGUCGACGACUACGCUCCUUACCCCCACCUGGUCACCUCCGCCUCGCCCGACUACAGCCGCAACGCCUCUCGCCAAGACUACACGCCUGACAAACUGCGCCGCCGAGAACACCAUAUGGAAUCCCCCUACCAUGACGUCAGUGGGCUGCCCGAUCCUUACCAUCUCAUGAUGGAGAACGAAGAAAACCACCCGAAAAAGCCACAUCAAGAAGUUUCCCUUUCACUGGACGAAAGUUUAGAGUCCGGCUAUUCAACUCCCAACUCCCGUAGCAGACGAAUCAUCCGUGAAAUCAUCGUCUGAGCGAAACCCCUCUAACCCUCAUAGGGUUUGAAAAUGUACAUUUGUUUACAAGGUGCUCCAAAGCCGUUGUAAAUGUUUUGAAACAUUCAAUAAUUGUAAUUAAUGUUAUAUUAUUGAAUUUUAUCUGUAAAUAGAUUUUGUAUAUAAACCGUUAGGAUUAAUCUAUUUAUCAACUGACUGAAAUUUCCCGAACACAUGUAUAUACUAACUGUAUAUAACAGAAUCAGAUCAAUGUGUAACAAACGAAAGAAAUUGUAGUAUGAAGCUACUUUUCUUUAGAAAUAUGAAGAAACAAUGAUUUUUAGGAAUGGGGUGGGUUGGAAAAUUAAAGUAUUUGCGAACAAAAAUAUUCUUUGAAAACAAACUACUUGAUGGAACGGUUGGUUUUCAUGCAAUAAGACUGAGAUGUGAUGUAGAGAUGCUUGUAAACAGCAUGGUUAUUCAUUAAAGGUGUGAAGGAGGCUUUGGAUUCAAGUAGGGUGGAUAGACCGGCUUCAAUGCGUCAACGAUAUAUGAAUAUUUUUUUUUUUUUAUCAUCUUGCGUGUUAACUUUGACACUAAGGUGUCAAAAAUGUUACUUAAAAGACAUUUUUAUUUGUAAAGAGUACAGAUGUUUUUUAAUUCUCAAUAGAAGAAAUUUUUAAUGUUACAAAUAACUUGCAAAAUUAUAAAAAAGGCUUGCAGAACAGAAACUUUGUGAUAUGUGUGUUUGAGUCUGUUUAUAGGUGUAAAAGACAAAUUUUCCGCAAUAUUUAUUAUUUAGAGACAAAGUAUGUUACUUAGAAUAUUGCUUUUGUUGUUUUUAUUGUACUUUUUGUGACAAUAUGAUAUAAUUAUGAUAUUAUAAAGAUCAAUUUGUGGAAACUUUUGUCAUUUAAAAUUGUGGCGAAAUUUUGUGUUGUGUUGAAUUAUACAAAAAUUAUUGGUAACAAAUAAGUUGAAAUUCAGAAUGUGAAAAAAAAAUUUUAUUAAACACUUUCUGGUUUCUCCUUGAAUAUAAUAAAUUCAGUGCAAUAAUAAAAAUAAAAAUCAUUAGCGCUCAAAACUAUGUUUUAUGUUUUUAAUUUUUUGUAUAUAAAUAAUUUAUGUGUAAAAAAAGAGUCAAACUUAGGAUUCUUGAAAAGUUACAUAUUUUCUUAUAUUUUACUGACUAGAUACUACUACUUUUUCUAUUUUACAGGUGUGUUUGACUAUGUUAAACUAUUAUUAAAAUUAUAAUAUUUACUUAUUUAUUUAGAAAAUUCAUACUUAAUGGUAAACAUAACGAAGUAGUAAAAAGUAAAUUUAAGCUGAACCCGUUAAACUUUACAAUGUUUGCAGUAAGUGAAUAUUUCGUUACUUCUGACACAAUUGAUUAAAAUAAAAUAAAUAGUAGUAUCUAUUAAAGUAAAAUGAAGAAAAAAUUAUUUUAAUUUGUUUCGGAGGGAGUUUGUAUAUAAUUUGCAGAGUGCCAUGAUUUCAUUUUGAAGCUCAAAUAUUGUGCGAUGAGUUAUGAUAAAAUAGGUACUGACUUUUCUAUUCUGCUCACUAUAUUUUUCUUCUGCACAUUCUUGAACGCACAAGUUUAAUUUUAAAUAAAGUUAAGGGGGUGUAAAAGACUAUAUUAACACCGCUUUGAUGUAACCUAGCAAUUAAUUAAGUCUUGAAUUUAAAUGACUUCUUUACUUCCAAGGUUACAUGUGUAAAAAUAUACUUUAAUAGAGGUUUGUGCAUUUGUUCAAUAAUUUUGUAAACAUUUUCACUGUUUUUUUUUCAUUAUUGUAGAUCAUCAUUAAAAUGUAAGUUGCAGUAAAAAUAUUUUAUAUUAAAACUCUUACUUUUUAAAAAAAACGAUUUUUUUUAUAAUGUUCUACUGUGGUUGGAAGUAUUUAGCUGUUUUCACCAGUAUUACAAUACAAUAUUAUUUCAUUGAUUGAUAUUUGAACACUCUGAUAUUUUACAAUAUUUCAAUUGGCCUUAUGCAAAAUCCUCUAUUUACUAGAUUCAAACCUUUUGAUGGGUUAGCAUUUCCCAUAUCAUAGAUAAACUCUAAACCCUCUUUAAAGACUAACUACUCUUUAAAAUAACAUCUUAUCUAAAAACUGACUGCUACUUAUUUUUUACAAUUUUUGUUGUUGUGUUUUUACAUUUUUCUCUUAACCGUGUUUGAAUCAUUCUUGCAAGAUCUCAUAAGUUGUUAUUGUUUUGUAGAAAAUGUUAUAAAAUCUAAAAAAAUAACUAUUUUCUAGACAGAUAUUUUUUAUCUAUGUUCUGUAUAAGGAGCCCAUUAGUUUUAUUUUAUAUGUCUGUAUAUGUGUAAUUUUUAAGACAUCUGCAAUUUCAUAAUUGUUUUUACGUGUACAGUUUCAUGUUUCUAUGUUCUUUUAUAUAAAAUAAUAAAACAAAAAUGUACAGAA